AUGUCCGGUCAAACUUACUUUAUUACUGGUGCCAAUCGUGGUAUCGGUUUCGAAAUUACUAAGUACUUACUCGCUUCCAAUCCUGAUCAUAAAAUCAUUGCUACCGCUCGUGAUGCUUCAAAAGCAACUGCCUUGAAGGCCUUAAGUAAGAACGUUAUCGUAUUCCCACUUGACUUAGGUGAUCAAAAAACCAUUGAUGCUAUUCCAUCUGAAUUAGAAAAGAUCAAUAUUGAUACUAUCGAUGUUUUUAUUUCCAAUGCUGGUAUUUCUGAUUCUUAUUAUACUGUACUUGAAUGUUCAAAGGAAACUUGGUUAGAACAUUAUGAAAUCAAUGCUUUAGCUCCAAUUUUAAUCUUCCAACAGGUUUACAAAGCAUUAUCUAAAUCAUCUAUAAAAAAGGCAAUCUUCGUUUCAUCUGGUAUUGGAUCACUUACAAGAUAUAUCCCAAGUCCAGUCAGUGCCUAUGCUCAAUCAAAAGCAGCUCUUAAUUUCUCUGUCAUUGAAUUAAGUGCUGAAUUAAAAUCAGAAGGUUUCACCAUUGCUGCUAUUUCUCCAGGAGUAGUUUCAACUGAUAUGGGUGCAUAUGCACAAACUAAAUUCAAUGUUAAAUUACCUGAAUUUGCUCCUAUUCUCUCUAGUUUAACUAUAACUCCAGAAGAAAGUGGUACUGCAGUUGGUAAGGUUGCUGAAACUUUAAGUGAAGAAGAUCAUGGAAAAUUCCUUAAUUAUGAUCAUACUGUCAUUCCAUAUUAG